GUCGCAAAGAAGCCUAGUAGAGGAAGUGACGUACAGCACAAAUUGGGUUUCCGGGACGGAUCGGUUAGCGACAGCACUGAAGCGGCUGUAGAAAAUUUCAAGAUGGAGGUGGACGGGAUUGAUCAUGUAGGUGUAUUUUUUUCUGCUUUUUUGACGACUUUGUUGCUUAGUAAUGGAGGAAUUGCCGCAGUUGUGCUUCAGUUUUAAUAGUUUGGUGAAACGCGCAUCAGAGGGAAUGUUAAUGCGGCUGUGAGCUGAAUUGUGUCCUCAUUGUAAACAUUAAAUGGAGAGUUGUGCCGGUUUGCUGUCUCAUUGUAGCUCACAAAGCUAGCUGGCCUGACCCGAGACCAUGAUAAAUAUUCGGGCAUUUGGUUCAGAUAAAUGACUUUAAGUGACAGACCGCUAUAUUUUCCUAUAUUUUCCUUUAAAUGUUAGCUCGUUAGUGUCAUAGAUAAUUGAUAAUCUGCCAUUUAGUGUGUUAGCUGUUGCUUGAGACUCAGCUGUUUUGUCAGUGAUGCCUCUCUCUUAUUAAUUGUUUGAUUUGUUGCUCAUAUUGGGGCUCAAACUGAGGACUGUGAGGACCCCAAAUAUCUCAGAUUUUGACUAUUAUCUAGUUUCCAGUUAGUGUUAACAAACAGUUAUCACUUUGCUCUGCCUGUGGUAUCAUUUUUGUAACGAACUAUCGAUUAAUCGCUCCUCUAACUGACAGAUAGUCGAUCAACAGAAAUUAAGGUGAUAUUUAAACCUCCAUAUGUCAAUAUCUCAACAUUUUCUAUUCUUUUUUCGCUCAGCUUUCAGAUUUAUUGCUUUUGUUUGAGUUUGGCCAAGUGUUUAUAAUACUAUAAUUGCUGGGUUUCUAAAAAGAUCAGUCAAUAAAAACAGUCAUUAGUUGUAUCCCUAUUGCAUGAGUAAAAAAAUAACUUGUAUAAGAUACCGUCAUCUUGGCAUGUUUUAAUUUUUUUUAAUUAUUGUGUCUUCAGCAGAUGGAGAUGGGUGAGAGUAAAGGGGGCUCAGGUCUCCGCCAGUACUACUUGUCAAAGAUAGAAGAGUUACAGGUAAAAUAAUCAAUUCAAUCUGUAAACUUCCAGACAUGAAUCUGAUUCAGACUGUACAACUUUUGCCUCCCUGUCAGUUCUGAACUCCUGUUUUCUCAACAGCUGACAGUAAAUGACAAGAGUCAGAAUCUCAGACGUCUGCAGGCACAGAGGAAUGAGCUCAAUGCCAAAGGUACCCCACCAAGCUCUUAAAGUUGGAUCUGGUUUGAAAUGUUCACCAGUGUGCAAAUUUGUACUUAAAGUUUUACUUUGUCUGUUAGUGCGUCUCCUACGCGAGGAGCUGCAGUUGUUACAGGAGCAGGGGUCCUAUGUAGGAGAAGUGGUCCGGGUCAUGGACAAAAAGAAAGUGCUGGUCAAGGUAUUUCCACUUCCAUUUCAUAUGAUUACAUUAUCAUUAUUGUUAAUUUAAAAAUGUCAACAUUUUAGUCAAUAUGUUUUCUCGUAAUUUCAGGUGCAUCCAGAAGGAAAAUUUGUCGUGGAUGUGGACAAGAACAUUGACAUUAAUGAUGUUAGUAUUGUUAUUUUUCCAUUUUCAUUAUUCUAGGAACAACAUGCCCAUUUUAAAAAAAAACAUCAUGCCCUGCACAUGUAACCACAUAUGCAAAAAAUGCAGUUAAAUAAGCUGCAAGUGAGUUAAGUAAUAUUAGUUUUAUUUUCUUUCUCAUUUUUGGUAUCAGGUGACUCCAAAUUGCCGCGUUGCCUUGCGCAAUGACAGCUACACCCUGCACAAAAUCCUGCCCAACAAAGUGGAUCCUCUCGUGUCUCUUAUGAUGGUGGAGAAGGUGCCAGACUCUACCUAUGAAAUGAUUGGUGGCCUGGAUAAGCAGAUCAAGGAGAUCAAGGAAGUGAUUGAGUUGCCUGUUAAGCAUCCAGAGCUGUUUGAGGCUCUCGGCAUCGCACAGCCGAAGGUGAGUGAUUGACAAGUGAGUUAGUGUAGAAGAGCUGCUUCGUUAUUUACUCUGUAUUGGAUAUUCAAGAAGACAUACAUUUUUUUUUGUCUCAGAGGACAAAAUAGGUUAAAAAAAUUUGUUUUCCUUUUUUUACUUACAAAUGAAUCUUAUCUAUGUCAGUGAUGCCCUUUUGUUAGUUGCCCUUUUCUGCCGCCUUUUUUAACCCACGUAUACCUCUUACAGUGACUUAAAAUAGACCGAAGACGGAAUGUUGCAUCUUUUGGCAUACCCUGAACACUCUUGUCAGUCUACAGAUGGUUCUGGUUUCUGAUUUUCUUUCAAUGCAUGCAGGGCGUGCUGCUGUACGGACCCCCAGGAACAGGGAAGACCCUGCUGGCCAGAGCUGUGGCCCACCACACUGACUGCACCUUUAUCAGGGUGUCUGGCUCUGAGCUUGUCCAGAAGUUCAUUGGAGAGGGUGAGAGCCUUUAUCACUUCCUAAUACUGACACUAGAGAACUCUAAUUUUGACUUGUCUGAAUAUCUGGGUAUAUGACCUUGAUUCUUCCACUUUUACGACAGGUGCCCGUAUGGUGCGUGAGCUUUUCGUCAUGGCCAGAGAACAUGCUCCUUCCAUCAUCUUCAUGGACGAAAUUGACUCCAUUGGGUCAUCUCGGCUGGAGGGCGGCUCGGGUGGUGACAGUGAGGUGCAGAGAACGAUGUUGGAGCUGCUCAAUCAGCUGGACGGCUUUGAGGCCACCAAGAACAUCAAGGUACUACACACCAGGGAGUGAAACUGAAUGUUUUCACACAUUGCCCCUGUGUUUCAUUUCAUUUUUCUUUCCUGACUUGAUUUUACUCUUUAGUAUAGAGGCAUGUUCAGAUCUUACUGCUGUGAGUCCAUGAGCGUAAGUUUAUUUUCCUUUGACUCAAAUUUUUACUUUUAUUCUCAGGUCAUCAUGGCCACAAACCGUAUCGACAUCCUGGACUCGGCUCUGCUUAGGCCUGGCAGGAUUGACAGGAAAAUUGAGUUUCCCCCUCCAAAUGAGGAGGUACUUAAUCAUCACACUAUAAACAUGCAAUUUAAAUCUACAGACCAAACUUUUUUUUUUACUUGAGCUUAUCCGUGUUCUCCCUCUCCAGGCCCGUCUGGACAUCCUGAAAAUCCACUCCAGGAAGAUGAAUCUGACACGUGGCAUUAACCUGAGGAAGAUUGCAGAGCUGAUGCCUGGUGCUUCUGGUGCUGAAGUGAAGGUGAGUACAUGCCUGUUGGAUGGUAAAAUAUUCACCCCUUUGUGCUGGAUUUUAACUCACACAAGGAAAGAACCUUACCAAGGCAUGCAUAAGAAAUGUUAAAAAUCUCUGAAUUCUUAAUAUGAUUAAAAAUACUGAAAUAUGUUGCAAAAUGCCCUUUACGCUUGAGAUGUUAAUAAACGUGGUCUGCAGCCAGCCUUUUUAUAAAAAGUAUCUUGUAUUUUCUUUCAGGGUGUUUGCACAGAAGCAGGGAUGUAUGCCCUGAGAGAGAGGAGAGUCCACGUCACCCAGGAGGAUUUUGAGAUGGCUGUGGCAAAGGUUUGUUAUGUCAGGAGUAUCUUAGAUGUUAGCACCACUGGCCCCUUUUUUAACCUUGUCUUAUCCUGAACCUAAUAUUUUGGCAGCAAUGUUCACAUACUUAUAAAAUGCAUGUGUGUAACUAUUCAAUGACGCUGUUGUGCUCUUUCCCUCAGGUGAUGCAGAAAGACAGUGAGAAGAACAUGUCCAUCAAGAAGCUAUGGAAGUAAAAGGCCUUUGUGUUUUCCCACACAUACUGCAAACAAAUGUAUAUUUUCCUUCUUUUGUUUAUGGUUUGGUUUAUAAUUGUUGCAUAAGUCAUUCUAAAGUAAAAGGUUUUCCCCACAAAAAUUCCAAAUGGCUCUUGAGAUUUAUUUCUCAGUUCAACACAUUUCAGAUUAUUACAGAACAGUAACAGAGGUAAGGUCUCCAGCAUGAGGUUCAGUCAUGCUUCUUACAAUUAACGCUUGAUAUGGCACUUCACAUUAUUAGCUGCUAUUACAAUAAAUGGCUCACAUUAUAGAUCAUACUAAGUGUAGGUCUCUGACUACGGCUUGCUCUAGGAACUUUGUCCCACAUGCAUGUACGACAUGCGUGUCAGAGCUGUUACACUGCCCGUAUACACAUACAGAUACACAGUUGGUCUUUAAACACUGAAGAAUCUAACACAGGCUUGCUUCAUGAUCAGACUGAUGGAAAAGCAGUUUUCAGUCACUGCAGAUGUUCUUCUAUGACAUUGAUGUAAGUCAGCUGAUUAUCACAAACCUGAUACAACUGUGUUGAUAUGGCAGUAAACACUGGAUCACCCCCAAAACCACAUGCAGUAGUUUGCUGGUCCAACACGAACCAGCCCGGUUUAGUUAGCUCCUCACCCAGGACACAGGCACCCACUGAGGCUCCACCUGCACUCUUUCCAGUACAAGCUGAAGCUCAGCUAAGGCACUGACUGGGUCCUCUUUCAUUAAGACAUAGUCCACCAAAUGGCCAUAGCACUCGUCCAUCCGCUCAGCUGACAUCUUCAUUUCCUGCAGGUCGUCCUC